AUGCCGGCGAUGAAACCAGUGCAAUCGCGUGUUCAGCAUCACCGCGUUGAUGCUCUAUGGGACUCGAAUGCUGAGAAGUAUCGCGUGGCUUGCCGCUCCGUGCAUGUCACCUCGGCAACCCUGUACGUUGGAUACAUGCAACUGGCCAUAAUCACAAUCUUCACGCUGACGAUUCUGUUCUUCUACGGACAGUCGCUGCAUGGUGCGCUCCCCGCUGAGCACUGGGCGGCAUCGGCUGGCUCGCGUUUCUUGACGUCUCUACUGACGGCUGUAUCGCUGCAGCUGGCUUUGGUGCUGAUGCUGGUGCACGGAGUGCGCCACGAGAAGAGAUCGUUCCUGUUGCCAUACAUCAUCUUCGCGUGCUUCACCCUGUUCGUUGGAUUCGCCCAGAUCUUCACCGAUGUUGUGGCUGCUUCCCAUCAGCGCGGCUCGGGCUCGGCUUCUCAGCUGCUUUCGCACUUGAUCGGCUUGAUGAUUCACGUCUGGUGUGUCACCGUCGUCUGGCGUUGCUAUUGCUACCUUGGGGAUAAGAAGGUUGCUGAGCAGAUAGGAGCUCAACUCGAUGCUACGACACCAGCUUUCACCUGCGAAUACUCGCUGCCUCCCCCCCUACCCGGAUGUGGAGAAGCGCCCGCUUGC